ACCUUCAAUAAUCAAUCCAUCAGUGUCGCUCUCCUCCUCCCCCGUCCACUCAUAUCCCCUCUCUCCCGCCAGCAAUGGCUUCCAAAUUCUUCCCCGCCGUCCCUCGGGUCGGCCGCCAGUUCUUCCAGCGCGCCCCCAAGACUCAAUGCAGACCGUUCUCGGCUGGUCCGCAACGUUGCAGCGACGCCCUUUCCGUGCACCGCAACAAGCCGAACAACAACCCGAGCAUCCCGUUCACGUUCAACGAGCAGAACCAACGAUUGAUCGAUGAGAUCCUUAAGCGCUAUCCUCCCCAGUACAAGAAGGCCGCCGUCAUGCCUCUCUUGGAUCUGGGCCAGCGCCAGCACGGCUUCACCAGCAUUAGCGUCAUGAACGAGGUCGCCCGCCUCCUGGAGAUGCCCCCCAUGCGUGUUUACGAAGUCGCUACUUUCUAUACCAUGUACAACCGUGAGCCUGUUGGCAAAUACUUUGUUCAGCUCUGCACAACGACGCCAUGCCAGCUCGGAGGCUGCGGCAGCACCAAGAUCCUUGAAGCCAUUACGGAACACCUCGGCAUCACCUCUGGACACACCACCGAGGAUGGACUCUUCACCUUGCUCGAGGUCGAGUGUCUGGGCGCCUGUGUCAACGCCCCUAUGGUCCAGAUCAACGACGACUACUACGAGGAUCUUACUCCCGAGUCCAUCAAGACUCUUCUCACCGCACUCAAGGAGUCCGACGCCGGAAAGUCCGUCCAGGUUCCUGCCCCUGGCCCAAUGAGUGGAAGAGACACCUGUGAGAACAGCGCCGGUCUGACAAACCUGAAGAACCCUGUGUGGGAUCCGGAGACAAUGAUGAGAAAGGACGGUGCCUUGGAUCAGCCUCAGCAGCAAUAAAUAUAUGACAAACCAUAAUUUCAUCUCAAGAAGCUCCCCCUGACUCAAUGCGUUGGAGUCAGGAAUAUCCUUUCGCGUUUCUAGUUUAUUUCCCCUGGCCGGUAGACACGGGACAGGACCGCCAGAUGUCGAUUGUGUACAGUAUGCUUGUUUGAUGUUUUUCUUCUGGGGAAAAAGUCAAACAUGGAUGGUAGAGACUACCAUAGAAGUUCUUUUUAGCAGUACCCAAUGCAGUUUUCGUUUUUCGAA